GAAUUUUGUAAUACCUACAAUGUGCGGUCUUAUAUACUUUUAUUUUGUAGUAAUAUUCCAUAGUGUAGUUCUAAUCAAUGGCGAAACCAGAGAGGCAGUAGCGCAUUUGAUGUCUGAACAAGUCAAUGGAACUAUUUAUUUUACAGAGACAGAUAUUGGACUUCGUGUUCAUGGCACAAUAACGGGAUUAAGUACUGGACGGUAUGGUUUUCACGUACAUGAGCUAGGGGACAUAAGUACGUGCAUCGCAACGGGUGCGCACUUCAACCCUUACGAGGCUGAUCACGGCGGACGAGAUCACACCGUGCGACACGUUGGCGAUCUUGGAAAUGUGCAGUUUGUAGGGAAUAACGCAUUAAUCGACUUCGUGGACAAUAUCAUAACUCUUCGAGGUCGAAAUAAUAUUUUGGGUCGUGGCUUGGUGCUUCACGAACAGGAAGAUGACCUAGGUCUAGGUGACCACGAGACGUCCUUAACGACCGGAAACGCUGGUCCAAGAAUAGCGUGCGGAGUAAUAGGAAUCCGAUCACCAUCCGAUUGGAAUUCCGGAAUAUCAGUUAAUCCAUCUGUAUUAUUACUUAUUAUCGGUUUGUUGUUUUUGAUAAUUGAAUGAUAGAUUAAA